AAACCGAGAACAUUCUGCCCAUUUACUGCACUGACAAUGUCGCCACAACUGUUCUGGUUUGUUCUUAUGGCUAUUUGCUGCGCGGCCAGCAGCGACCCUGUGUUGCAGGGGUUCCAGUGUGUCAUGAGAUGUGAACGCUUCUUGAGGCAAUCUGAGGGAUCUGUGGAGCCGAAGACGACGACGGUGGCAACAACGGCAAGUACGACGUCAGCGUCAGGAGAAGACAGAGCUACGGCGACCACCUGCUACGGCCACGCCUUGGCCGGAGAGUGCGCCCGCCGUUUUUGCACAGAUUUUUGCAGAUACACGCAUUUUAAUCAGUCAGCACCAAGUCACUCUAGCUCUCUACAAGCUGUAGAACAUUUCGAAGACCAUAGACCAGAGCCAGCUAUUGAGAGAAGAAUACCAUUCACGAGGACACAUGGGGUGCGAAGCGCCGGCAAGAAGAAAUCCGCCAUACGCAGUCAUCCUAAAUACAAGAAAGCCAAAGCUGUACAACACUGAUAUGGCACCUGUAACUGAAAUAAUGUAUUUGCGUUAUUUCUAAUAUUUUUCAGACACUAGACCGUGAUUCACGGCAUAAUUCUCUGCCUAAAAUUUCGUUUUCCAAUGCUGCAGAUAUCAUCUAAGGCUAUAACAACUCAGAAAGCAGAUUAGUCUCAAAAAAUCUUAGAAAAACCCUGAUGAUGUCUCCAGCGUUAGAAGACGAAACUUUAGGUGGAGAAUCAUGCCUCGGACCACGGCCUUACGCCCACAAAACAAAUAUACGGAAUAACGCAAAUACUGGCCGUGAAAGCCUGCAUUUCUAUGAGCACGUAUUUAUUUCUACGCAAUGUGUGAUCUAAAUAGCUCCUCAAUGUUUGUGAACAACACUAAUCAGUAAUAAACAGACAAAUAUCGGAAUUUUA